CAGUUUGACAUUACAACUUGCAGUUUGUGAUUUCACGACGUCUGUGUAGCUGUUUGUACAUCAUUUUUACUAAAGCAUUCGAUAAUUAAAAUUGAAAAUGUUUGGAACAAACGAUAUUUACUCUCCACUGUGGCAUAAUGGGCCGAAGCCUGGUGCAUUUUACGAUUUCCCUGCGUCAUCGACCACAGACGCCUCAGAUGCCGGAUUCAAGCGUACCUCUCAACCAAUUACGACCGGCUCAUCUGUGAUUGCUUUCAAAUACGACAGUGGUGUUAUAAUCGGAGCCGAUACAUUAGUCUCCUACGGGAAAUUGCUGCGCUACCGUGAUGUCGAUCGAGUGUUCAAAAUAAACGAUCACACAAUCAUCGGAGUCGGUGGCGAAUAUGCCGACUUUCAAUUCAUCAAAAAGCACAUCGAUCAGAAGGUCACUGAAGACUAUUGCUACGAUGACAAAAUGGAAUUGAAGCCAAAGUCAUUGUUCAAUUGGCUGACCAGAGUCUUGUACAACAAACGUUGUCGCUUCGAACCGCUGUGGAUCGAUGUGGUCAUUGGCGGUAUGCAAGAUGGUGUACCAUUUUUGGGACACGUUGAUUACCGAGGACGUGCAUACGAAGAUGCGUCCAUUGCCACCGGUUAUGGUAAACAUUUAGCAUUGCCGUUGAUACGAGAGAAAACCGAACAUCAAACUGGACCAUUGAAUGCCGAGCGGGCUCUUGAUUUGUCCAAGAGGUGCAUGGAAGUGAUGUACUACCGUGAUUGUCAAGGUUAUUCCCAAUAUAAGCUGGCUAUUUGCGAUGGCCAGGGAGCCAAGGUUGACGGACCGAUAAGUGUGUCAGAGAAUUGGGAUUUCGCGUUGAACGUCAAAGGUUGUUAAAAUAGGGAUUGGAUUGGAGGUUACGUAUUCAAAACAACAUAAAUUUUUCAAAAUAAAUUUUCAAA